AGCUCAGACAGAAGCAGUAGAUCCAAGAGAAGCAACAAGUGCCUUCUUUGUGCGCGGCAGACAAAGCUUGUCGAUUGCGGAAAAAAAUGGAGCGUGACUGUGUGUGGCUCUUUCUACUUCUGUUGCAAGUGUGUUUUGUAUACUCGCCAUGCGAAGCAGGACAACAGGAAAUCAUGGACAAAACGUCUGAGGCGGUUGCAGCGUACACUAAAUGCAGCUCUGUCAACUGUAGCUGCCAUCUAAGGGUCCUUGAGCAAGAUCUGGGUCCCUUUCAAGGAGGAAUUUCAAAGGAUCUCAUGGCUCGGACAGUUGAAAGAGGAGUGGGCACCCAUUACCAGAUCAUAGAUCAUAAAUUGUACAGGGAACACAACUGCAUGUUCCCAGCCAGGUGCAGUGGGGUGGAGCAUUUCCUAUUGGAGCUGAUUGACAGGUUACCUGAUGUAGAGAUGGUGGUAAAUGUCAGGGAUUAUCCUCAAGUUCCAAACUGGGUGCAGCCCACCCUCCCAGUUUUCUCCUUCAGCAAGACCUCAGACUACCACGACAUCAUGUACCCAGCAUGGACGUUCUGGGAGGGUGGUCCUGCUGUGUGGCCCAUAUACCCCACUGGACUAGGAAGAUGGGAUCUAAUGAGGGACCAUCUUAAAAAAUCUGCUGCUCAGUGGCCAUGGCACUACAAAGAGUCCAAAGGGUUCUUCAGAGGUUCCAGAACCAGUUCAGAGCGCGACCCUCUGGUCCUCCUUUCUAGAGCAAUGCCACAGCUUGUUGAUGCAGAAUACACCAAGAACCAGGCCUGGAAGUCUGACAAGGACACUCUUGGGAGACCGCCAGCCAAAGAAAUCCCAUUAGUUGACCACUGCAAGUACAAAUUUUUAUUCAACUUCCGAGGCGUGGCGGCAAGUUUUCGCUUCAAACAUCUCUUCCUCUGCGGCUCGCUGGUGUUUCACGUGGGCGAUGAAUGGCAAGAGUUCUUCUACCCACAGCUUAAACCUUGGGUCCAUUACAUCCCCGUCAAGCAGGAUCUCUCUGAUGUCAGAGAACUACUACAGUUUGUCAAAGACAACGACGACAUUGCAGAAGAGAUUGCCAUCAGAGGUAUGGAGUUCAUUGCGGAGCAUUUGCGGAUGCAAGAUAUUUCCUGCUACUGGGAGAGACUCCUCACUGAGUUUAGUCAUUUGCUCUCCUACCAACCCCAAAAACGCAACGACUACAGCCAGAUCAUGCCCAAGAACCGCAACACUGAGCUAUAAUAAAGACACUGCAGAAGCAAGGGAGGGAGUUUCAGUUAAUGGAAACAACCGAACCAUCCAUCCAUAUUCUACCGCUUGUCCCUCUUGGAGUAGGAGUGGUAGCAAGGGAGGGGGGGCUGGAGCCUAUCCCAGCUGCACACAGGUGGCAGGCAGCUGGGUACACCCAUGACAAGUCGCCACCUCAUUGAAGGGCCGACACAAAUAGACAAGCAUUCACAUUCACACACUAGGGUCAUUUUAGCGUUGCCACCAAUGAAUGCAAAUACAGCUGAAGUACAUUAAUCUUCCAUCCAUCCAUUUUUUUACCGCUUGUCCCGUUCGGUGUCGCUGGAGCCCAUCUCAGCUGCAUUUGGGCGGAAAACGGCAUACACCCUGGACAAGUCGCAACCUCAUCGCAGGGCCAACAUAGAUAGACAACAUUCACACUCACGUUCACACACUAGGGCCAAUUUAGUGUUGCCAAUCAACCUAUCCCCAGGUGCAUAUCUUUGGAGGUGGGAGGAAGCCGGAGUACUCGGUGGGAACUCCCACAAUCACGGGGAUAACAAGCAAACUCCACACAGAAAGAUCCCGAGCCCAGGAUUGAACCCAGGACAACUCAGGACCUUCGUAUUGUGAGGCACAUGCACUAACCCCUCCUCUUCCACCGUGCUGCCCAACAUUAAUCUUUAUUUUUAAUAUUUUACUAACUGAGUUCCCUCCGGGUACUCCGGCUUCCUCCCACUUCCAAAGACAUGCACCUGGGGAUAGGUUGAUUGGCAACACUAAAUUGGCCCUAGUGUGUGAAUGUUGUCUGUCUAUCUGUGUUGGCCCUGCGAUGAGGUGGCGACUUGUCCAGGGUUUACACCGCCUUCCGCUCGAUUGUAGCUGAGAUAGGCACCAGCGCCCCCCGCAAAUUGGAUGGAUGUUUGUAUUAGAUGCAGUGCUCUUGUUUGAAAGGGGAGCUUAAUGUUGAAUAUGUUUUAAUAUUCACAGUUCUGGGUAAAAAAUGUGUGUUUUAAUGGUUAGCAAAUGUGUUAAAGAGGGUUCAUAGAUAGUAGUGUGACCAAAAAGCUAUGGUAAUGUGACUGAUCAAACAAUAAAUAGCAGGAGGCUUAGUUUCUUAACUGUUUUGCCAAUAACGUAUGGGACGUUAAUACAUUCUUGAACUGUCAUCAGUAUUUGUAUGUUCAGUUACGUUAACUGCAAUUAAAUGGUUGGUUUUAA